AUGCCCGACAACUUGGACCAAUCGCAAGCCCAUCUAUCCCAAUCCGAUUCCCAGACCAACUUGGGCAACAGCAGCAUGUCCACCACCAACGACAUCAAACAACACCGCCGCUACUCGUGGUGGUGCCGCGUGCUCGGUGUUACGCAAGUCGUGCUGCAGACUGUGUAUCUGGGGUUGAACUACUGGACAAACGGGCAUCUGACGGUUUUGCAAAUGACGACGGCGGGGUUGUAUAUUCUAGGGGCGGCGCUUAUGGAGGUCGAUUUGAGGAGGAAGGAGAGGGAGUUUUGGAAUGUGGUGGAGAAUGGGGGGAAGAAGGAUGUUGAGAAGGGGAGGCUGGCUUGGGAGGAGGGGGCUGAUGAGAAGACGGGGUUUUUGAGCGAGAAGGCGGAAGGGGAAGGGGAUAGAUACAAGGGCCGGGAUGAUGGUAAAGAGAAGGUGGAAGUAAGGGCGGAAGAGAUGAAGGGGGACUCUGAGAUAGUCUCAGUUUGA